AGUACGGGUUGACCCGGAGUACAAAGUGAAACUCAUUCAACACGAAUUACUUCAAGAAUUCAACGUUGCAUUUUCUUAUAAAAAAUGUUGGAUGGGUCGAAUCCAUGCUUCAGAUAUGUUACACGGCAGUUGGGAGGACUCUUACACGCACCUCCCUGUUAUCUUAUAUAACCUUCAAAAUGCAUACCCAGGAACAAUCGUUGAUGUUGUUUACUCUUCACCCCCUCCCAACCUCAAUGUUACCCCGGACGAAGAACCGCAUUUUAAGUAUGCAUUUUGGGCAUUUCCAGCAGCUAUUAAUGGUUUACAGUAUUGCUUGCCUGUGGUGACGGUGGACGGGACCCAUUUGUAUGGAAAGUACAAGGGUCUCCUACUUUUGGCGGUGGCACUCAAUGGAAAUCAAGAACUUUUCCCGCUUGCAUAUGCUGUAGUUGACGGGGAAACAUCUGACAGUUGGGCAUGGUUUUUUCGUCUUCUUGUUCAAAGAGUUAUUCGUUUGCAUCGGGUUUGUGUAAUUUCUGAUCAGCAUGCUGGCAUUAUCAAUGCAUAUCGUGAUCUUCCUGAGCUACAAACUGGGUUCAUAACCAAGCGUUAUUGUCUAAGGCAUGUCCGCAGCAAUUUCAUGAAUAAAUUUCAUGACAGUGACCUUAAACGUAAAGUUUGGGCCGCUGGGAGCACACCCAACAUCAAACAGUUUAAUGAGUACAUGGCAAAAAUCAGGCACGCAAAUGAAGCUGCAUAUAAGUACUUGAAUGAUAUUCCGCGCGAGGCAUGGACUCUUUGUUAUGAUGAUGAUCUUGUUCCAGACAAAUACUCUGUUCAGAGAUAUUUAAGUUGUUACAGUGCGGGUUCCUCCACACCUCCGAACAUCCACCUUCUCCUGCAAUUUGAUGGCGAAUGGGAUGGUAAUGGUGUUUUUUCUUACGCAUAUGCUUAUGAGAUUGACAUUCCGAUUCAGACCCAUUAUGAAGACUUUGUGGAACUGGUUCGUACUACGGUUCCGUCUUCUUAUGAAAAUUCUGUUUUCAAUAUCUUGUAUAUGUCUGAAUCAUCCUCAAGGCGUGUCGUCAUUGAAGAUGAUGUGAGCCUUCUCGCCUACCUUCGUUUGAAGAGCACAUAUCCCUCUUUACGCGAAUUCCCUUUGUGCGUGGAAGUAUAUCAUUUCACAGAAAUGGGCGUGUCUAAUGGAGAAUCAGUCCCCACGGAAGGAAACGAAACCACUAUCUGCGGAGACAACAUCUCAUCACGGUGUGAUUUGUUUAAGGAGUCAUUACUUGUCACCUAUAAUGUAGAUGAGAUUUCUACGCAUAAUGACCAUGACAGAGAGUUGGUUUCCUGGAAUUCUAUUGACUCCAAUCCGUCUGGUUAUGAGAUGUCCCAGCAAGAUAUUAACUCAUUGAAGGAGAUGCACGUAACAUCUCGGUUUGAUUCAACUAGGAUUGUCGUUGGUGCCAUAUACUCUAGCAAAAUGGACCUCGAUUAUCAUUUGAAGAUGCUUGCAAUUUCCAACUGUUUCCAGUACCGGACCAGAACUUCCAAAAAAUCCGAGCUGCAUGUUGUGUGUGUUGACUUCCCUCGUUGCCAAUGGGAUGUUCGGGCUGUGCGUUUACCCGGCGUUGAGAUGUUCCAGAUUCGUAGGUACAAUAGGGAACACCAAUGCCCUAUUGAUGUUCGGCAAGGCAACACACGCCAGGCUACUUAUCACAUCGUUGCAGAGUUAGUAAAACACAACUAUUGUGAUGCAACGACGAAGCCGUACCCUCCAAAUUCUAUUGUUACGGACAUGCGGAGGGAACAUGGGAUCGCAAUGACUUACAAGAAGGCAUGGUUCGCUAAAGAGAAGGCAUUGAAAAUUUGCUUUGGGACACCCGAGGAAUCAUAUGCUGCUUUGCCCUCAAUGUGUUACAUGCUCAAACAGGCUAAUCCGGGGUCUUUGAUCCAACUCACCACGACCCCAGAUCACUUGUUCAAGUAUCUUUUUAUCUCACUCGCAGCUUGGAGAGAAGUGGAGUAUAUAGUCUCGGACAUGCAUGAAGGCAUUAUUAAGGCUGUGAAAUCAGUUUUUCCAAAAGCGGGUCAUGGCCAUUGCAUAUUCCACAUUCUCGGGAAUAUCAAGUCCAAUUUUAAUGGCUCCGAGAAGUCUUUAUCCUGGAAAUUUUAUGCUGCCGCAAGGGCAGCUUCUGAAGUUGAAUGUGAGCGAUUUUUGAAUUAUCUCGGCAGUGAUGACCCCAGGAUCAUUGGAUACCUCAAAGAAAUAGGCAAAGAUAAGUGGGCAAGAUCUUGCUCGAAUAACCGUUAUUCCAUAAUGACUUCCAACCUAGCCGAGUCUAUGAACAAUGUUGACGCUGUCCCACGUGAAUAUCCGAUUACACAACCGGUUGACUUUCUAGUGGGCAGGAUGCAAGUUUGGUUCCACAAGCGUAGAAAAUUCGCCAACGCAACCUCAUCUAUACUGACAAAGUUCUACGAGGCGGAACUUAAGGAACUACAUGUGGCUUCAAGUGUUAUGGAAUCGCUGCUACUCGUUGUCGACAUGGACUGUCAUGCUACGACUACAUCUCAUCAUUCUACACCGCUGCUUCUUGGAGAGCUACGUAUAGUGGAAUCAUACACCCAAUCCCUUCCAAAGAUUCGUGGGUUGAACCUGAUGAGGUUGCUGAAACUAUUUGCAGACCACCAUCGUGCUCCAAACGACCUCCAGGGAGACCAAAAAAGCGAAGGAUCUCGUCGAAAGGUGAACAUGCGAAGCGGCAAACCUGCUCACGAUGCAAAUCAUCAGGACAUAAUAGAAAAACUUUUUUGGAAUCCCAUUUCCUCAAAUCGCGUUUGACUCCCGUAGGAAGACGUAUGGGAAGCACAACAUUCCAUGGAACCUUGGUCCAGCAUGUCCAUUAGUUUUGUCCCAUUUCUGGUUCAUUUUGUUUUUUACAUGUUCAGGGAUUCAUUUUUGGUUCAUUUAGUUUGUCUUAUUUUAUUUCUUUCUGAUACUGAAUUUGUCAUUGGGAAACAAUUCAUUCCCCACCACCAUAAUCAUUUCACACACAAUAAUGACUAAANGCACAA